UCCGACCCGGAUCAGCGUCCGCCAUUUCCUCCCUUGCCCAAGGACCAGAAUGACGACACCACUGUUCCUCUAUUUUCCGUCUCUCGCUCCACCUGAUUCCUCUCGCCAAUGCCCAUCCGUCCCUAGCGGUUCCCCACGCACGAAUACGCCAUGGAGGCUUCCCUGGUAGGCAGGUUGGAGGCCGCGGUGUCCCGGCUGGAGGCUCUCGGUGCCGGGGCUCACCCGUCGGCCGUGCCGCGUGGCCUUGCGGACCAUGAGGCGGCGCAGGACCCGGCGAUCUUGGCGUUCGACGACCUCGUCGCCGACGCCGUCGGGAGGGUUUCCGCGGCGGCCGGCAAGAUCGGGGCGGAGGUCGCCGAGGUGACCAAUGUGCUGGAGAAGGCCUUCUCGGUGGGAAAGGACCUUCUCGUGAGGACCAAGCAAACUCAGAAGCCAACCGCGGAGGCCAUGGCAGUGUUCAUGGCGCCUUUGAAUGAAAUAGUCAUGGAGGCGAACGCGUUGGCAGAGGGGACGAGAUCGAACCAUGCCAACCAUCUGAAAGCAGCAGCCGGUAGCCUGGCCGCUUUGGCGUGGAUUGGUUACACCGGAAAAGGCUGCGGUAUGCUCCUUCCUAUUGCUCAUGUAGAAGAGAGUUGGCAGAUGGCAGAGUUCUACAGCAAUAAGGUGCUUGUGGAGUACAAAAAUAAGGACCCUGAUCACGUGGAAUGGGCUAAAGCACUUAAAGAGCUUUAUGUGCCCAAUUUGCGCGACUAUGUCAAGAGGUUUUACCCCUUGGGUCCCGUGUGGCAACCUCCUGGAAGUGGAACAACAAUCAAGGCACCUUCUGCUCCUAGUCCUCCGUCUGCAUCUCUUUUCAGCUCUUCAGCCACAUCAUCACAACCUAAACCUGGGAUGUCUGCUGUCUUCGCUGAAAUCAGCUCAGGGAAACCGGUCACACAAGGUCUUAGGAAGGUGACAGAUGAUAUGAAGAGUAAAAAUAGAACAGAUAGAACCGGUGUUGUAGCUACUGAAGGGAAACAAUCUCGCAAUGUAUCUGCCCCUACCUCAACCAAAGGUCCUGCUCCUGCCAAAUUUGAGCUCCAGAUGGGUCGCAAAUGGGUGGUUGAGCACCAUAUUGGUAAUAAGGGCUUGACUAUUGAAGACUGUGAUACCAAGCAAUCGGUAUAUGUAUUUGGAUGCAAGGAUUCUGUGCUGCAAGUCAAAGGGAAAGUGAACAACAUAACAAUGGAUAAGUGCACCAAACUAGGAGUGUUAUUCAAGGGCGUCGUUGCAGCUUUUGAAGUUGUGAACUGUAACAGUGUAGAGGUUCAGUGUGAGGGUUCGGUGCCAACUAUAUCGAUAGAUAACACAUCUGGGUGCCAACUUUAUUUAAGCAACGAAUCCUUAGAGGCAUCUAUAACUACCGCUAAAUCAAGUGAAGUUAAUGCUCUUGUUCCAGAUGUGAACAGUGAAGGUGACUGGACCGAGCAUCCCUUACCCCAGCAGUACAUUCAUGCUUUCAAAGAAGGGCAGUUCACAACAUUACCUGUAUCUCACUCUGGUGCAUGACCAGCACGUUCUCUCUUUUUAGAUUAGCCUUUUCAAGCUCAGAUAUUGAGCUUUUCUGCAAUUUCUAAAUAGAAAUAAUGACAUAUCCGGUGUCACAUAUAUAUGUGUGGAUGUAAAAUACUGCUUUGGAGCAACUUGUAAUGAAUGUAACGCCGCAAUAGUACAUCCAAACAAAUACAUUUUUUUUCCAGCUCA